AUGAGAGCCGGGAUAUGGCGAAGCUCACGCAGGCUCGUUGCCGUCCUUGUGCUGUCUCUCGCGGCGAUUGUCGUGCUGCACCAGCUUAGUUUCAAUGACGCCUUUUUGCUGUGUGGCCGGAUAUCGGAGUCGAUAGAAAUCGUCGAGGCGUGCGCUCGGCCGGAUGCCGGGACGACCGGGACGACCGGGACGAACGGCUCAUCCACGGCGGCAGCCGACUCGCGGAUUCCGAAUAUAGUCCAUCAGAUAUGGAAGACGGACAACGUCUUGACCUACUCGGCCGAGGCGUCCCUCGCGUCGUGGCGGGCAAAGGUCGAAGUGAUGAAUUACACGGUCAAGUUGUGGACGGACAAGGACGUCCGGAGACUUGUCGAGACCGAGUAUCCGUGGUUGUCAUCGACGUACGAGGGGUACGCGCUGGACAUCCAGCGGGCCGACUUGGCCAGGCUCGUGGUCGUCCACGCCGAGGGCGGCAUCUACGCCGACUUGGACGUCUACCCCGGGGCGGCAGAGGAGCUGACCUGCCUGCGGCACGUUGGUCUACGGGGCAUAUUUGCUCCGACGUCAGGGGCGCUGGGCCUGAGCAACCACUUCUUCAUGGCGGAGCGAGGGUCCGAGUUUUUGCGCUGGGCGCUCUACGAGGCCAAGCGGCGAGGCGGCUCGCCGUCGAGGCGGAUUCUUCUGCCGUACCUGCGCGUCUUUUGGUCGACGGGCCCGCUCAUGGUGACGUCGGCCUUUCGGCAGUAUUCGUGGAUGUACGGCGCCUCGGAUCACGAGCUGGGGGUUUUGGGCGCGAGCUACGGACGCACGGUGAUCCGGCACGCGGCAGGGCGCUCGUGGCAUGGAGUGGAUGGCUAUGUGCUGAACUGGGUGGCGGACCGUGUGCGGGCAGAGAGCCUCCGGGUCGGCGUCUACGUCGUGAUUGCCGUCGUGCUUCUGGUGUCUGUCUUGUGGCGAUGUCGUUGGAGAAAGGGGCGUCGAUGA